CUGUCACCUUGAUUGACUUGUCGCAGUCCGACCGCAGUCGGCGACAGUGGCCGGGCAAGGACAAGCGCUGGCGUCGUCGGGGAAAGCGGCCGCGCAAUGGACAGCACGUCCCACUUGCCACCGAUCCUGUCCGAGACAUCCAAGCUGUUUGUCGCGUCAACGAAAGCGACCAAGUACAAGGACAAUGUCCACUGCUUGACCGCGCGCAACCGACCCAAACCUGAGCUCGUGAUGCAUCGCACCAAGCCCAAAGUGUUUGCCCCGUUCAUCACGCAGAGCCUCAACCACGCCCAGCACGAGACACUGAAGGAGGUGCUGCAUGCGUACGAAGUCGACACGACUCACCACUGUUUGCGACCUGUUGAUCGACUGUACUGGUACUUCGAACUGCUGGAACAACUAGCUAGCCAAGUAUCCCCCAUCCAGGCACUCCUGCGUCAGGUUCAAAAAGUGCUCUGCGAAGCUGUCUACGACAGCUCUAUGCUGCAAAAGCCUCAGGCCACCCGGGGCAACGAGUAUGCAGUUUUGGUACAUCAAGUCGAGUACAGCCAUGUCGACUCGGAGCUGGAGCAGCUCCAGGCCCAGCUAAAGACAGAGACGACUCACUACAAGUCCCAAACGGAAGAGCUCGAGUCCCUCAAAAAACUCCUGCAAAAGGCGAAAGCGACCCAAGAUAAGAUGGAGGAAGAGUUAGCUGUGCAUGCCGAUUUUCUGCAACGGGACGAAGACCUGUACGAGCACUUGGUCGGGGAUGAGCUAGCGCUGGACCGGAAGGCUUCGCUCCAUCGGUUGCAGCUCGUCGAGGCAAAGUCCAUGCUGCAAGCCGUGACGCAAAAAGCCGACGCCAUGCGAGACGGCUUUCGCGAAACAAUGUGCGAUUUGCAUGAAAAGGAAAGAGAGAAAAAGCGCAAGGAAGAAGCGACGCAGACCAUCAAAGACCUGCAGUGCGGUGCGGCGACGCCAUCCCAUCCUGCAUGCCGCUCAAGCGAACGCGUAGAGUACACCAAACUCGUAGACGAGAGCGAGUCCAUGUCGCGAGACAUCGAAAGGCUCGAGAGUCAAUUGAAAGCAGAUCAACAAGUCGUCGUGGACAAGCGGGUGAAUCUGGAGGAGGCGGAAGCCGAGUUUGCUGAGGUCUCGGCCAACUCGGCAGACUUGCAGCGAACCCACACGCCCAGGCCCAAGUGGGACGUCAUUCUUCGUGCGCUACCGGAAGUCGCGUACGUCGAUCCAGCCCACCAAGGGCCCCCAAAGACCGCCGAGAAGGCUCGACACAAGAAAAGGGCACCGCUGGGGCGGACGCAAGCAUUUGUCAAGGAAAUGUGCCACUGGCUCCAACGGAUUCAUGGCGACUGCGGCAUGAGUUUGCAGCUUGCUCGGCUCGCAAAUGAAUCGGAGGCUGCGCGACUGGAGCUGAGCACGCUGCAAGCACAGAUGGAGCAGUUGACACGGCGGCAAAAGAAGCAAAUCCUAGCGAUUCCAGGGGGUGCUGCUGCUGGUCUCCCGAGCUUGGCGACGGUGGCGAAAACCGUGGCAGCGGCCACAAAAUUGCUCGGGACGGCCACAGCAUUCCCAUCUGAAUCUGCAACCUUGGUGCCUUCCGUAGCCGCUCCAAAAGACUUUAUCACUGCACUUGGCACCACCCCUGAAGUGCCCCAGUUCCUGCGGCAUACGGGGCGCGUACGGAAUCGCCACAUGGCUAAGACCGAACUCGAGAGGAUCAUUCGGACAGUCUGGAGCGGGAAGAAAGCCAAGGAAACGCACAUGGGCAUCAAAAUCCCUCUCGAGGAGUACUUGUACGAAGUUCUCAAGACCAAGUUUGGCAUCCAAACCAUCAUUGCCGAGUGGGGCUACAACAUUUUACAUGGUCUGAAAGCGUUCUCGUGGGACAGCGAAGUGGAGCUCUUUUUCCUGUGCCUCACCGGAGCCGUGUCCGAAGCCAUUCAUGACGACCAGGAGCUCCUCUUGGACGAGUGCCGGAAUCUCCUUCUUCGACUGAACGACACGUACCACGACGUCACGUUAAAACGCGAGCCAAAACGCGUUUACUUGAAUGACGUGAUGGCGACCCUGCACAACUUUUUCCCGAUGAAGACACCACUGCAACUCAAGAGUAUUGAGCGCGAGCUGCUGCGAGAAACCAAGUUGAAAGACAAGUCGGUGCAAGGCAUGGCGGGGGAAACUCUCGUUGCCAUCGACGACCUCCUCCCAACCAAACUGAAGAAGGCCCAUCGCGGGUACUUCGUCAAGAUUCUUCGCACACAGCACUUCAAAGAGAUCCAAGACUACCUGGCGCUGCUGGACCGAAAAAUUCGGGAGGCUGACCUGCACGGAUGCGGGCGCGUCGAGAUUAACGAGAUCAAAGCUGUACGUGCCCAAACUCAUCACACUGUAAGCAGGUUUGUGUAGGCCAUGCAAUCGAUUGACGUUACUGUCACUGACACAUGGCUGGCUGAAUGCAUCUCGCGAGGCAUUCCCAAGCGGCUGGUCGGCCAAAUGGACAUGUCGAGCGUCGUCGAGUAUCGUGUGUUCUUCAAGGUACAUCAGUCCUUUCCUACCUCCUUGUCCAGAUAUGGAUGUCUCUACACGUGGCGCCCGUUGUGCUAGAAAAUGAACCUCAAGCUCAUGAAGCACAGCCUCAACUUUUACCCGAAGGCCCAGGUGGCGUCCAUCCACUCGGCGCCGCCGACAGCACCAUGAUCGUCACGACCAGCCAACGGCCGUGCUUCGUUUGGAAAGGUUCAAAUUCCACCAAUCAGAGCACUUGGUUUUGAAUAUGUGUUAUCCGGAAUAAUCGAGAAAUUCAAAACCAUCCUUACCAA